CCGCCAUUUUCGAGUUCUGACAGGAAUAACGGAGUGAAAACCGAACAUGCCGCGGGAAAUAAUUACACUACAGCUCGGACAAUGUGGAAAUCAAAUCGGAAUGGAGUUCUGGAAGCAGCUGUGUGCAGAGCAUGGGAUAAGUCCAGAGGGUAUUCUUGAAGAGUAUGCAACAGAAGGAACAGACAGAAAGGAUGUGUUCUUUUAUCAGGCCGACGACGAACACUACAUCCCCCGAGCAGUGUUGUUGGACCUGGAGCCCAGGGUGAUCAACUCAAUCCUCACAUCACCAUACGCCAAACUGUACAACCCUGAGAACGUGUACCUGUCAAAACAUGGGGGUGGUGCGGGAAAUAACUGGGCCAGUGGCUACACACAGGCUGAGAGGCUGUAUGAAGACGUGUUCGACAUCAUAGACAGAGAAGCUGAUGGAAGUGACAGUUUGGAGGGGUUUGUACUGAGUCACUCCAUUGCUGGAGGAACAGGGUCUGGAAUGGGAUCCUACCUGUUGGAGAGGCUUAACGACAGAUUUCCAAAGAAGCUUAUCCAGACGUACUCAGUGUUCCCAAACGUGGACGAGAUCUCUGAUGUUGUGGUUCAGCCGUACAACUCCGUACUGACACUCAAGAGGCUGACACAGAAUGCAGACUGUGUGGUGGUCCUGGACAACACAGCUCUCAACCGUAUCGCUGCUGACAGGCUUCACAUAGACACACCCUCCCUGGCACAGAUCAACCAGCUGGUAUCAACUGUGAUGUCCACAAGUACGACCACCCUGCGUUACCCUGGUUACAUGAACAAUGAUCUGAUUGGCCUGAUAGCUUCUCUCAUCCCCACCCCCAGACUUCACUUCCUGAUGACUGGGUACACGCCCCUCACAACUGACUCACAUGUUGCCAGUGUGAGGAAGACCACAGUGUUGGAUGUGAUGAGACGGUUACUGCAGCCCAAGAACAUGAUGGUGUCGACGCCGGUGGGAGCACAUCGCCAGGCCAGUCACUGCUACAUCUCCAUCCUCAACAUCAUCCAGGGGGAGGUGGACCCAACGCAGGUACACAAGAGUCUCCAGAGGAUCCGAGAACGGAAGCUGGCCCAGUUUAUCCCCUGGGGUCCGGCCAGUAUCCAGGUGGCGCUGUCACGCAAGUCCCCCUACAUCCAGACUGCACAUCGUGUCAGCGGCCUCAUGAUGGCCAACCACACAAGCAUCUCUCAUUUGUUUGAGAGAAUCCUCCGCCAGUUUGAUAAACUAAGAAAGAGGGAGGCUUUCAUGGACCAGUUUAAAAAGGAGCCCAUCUUCAAGGACAAUUUGGAUGAAUUUGAUAACUCUCGAGAAGUUCUACAGGAGCUGGUUGAUGAGUAUCAGGCCGCCACGAGACUGGACUACCUUGACUGGGGCACACGGCAGGGAGCAGUUACUGAACGUGCCUGAUGUUGUUGAUAACACCAGGACAGGAAUUCCGUGCCAGCUGUCUCACAGAGAUGUAUGAGGUUCCUAACAAUGUGUGUUGUGAUGAUAUCUACGCAAUACUCGCAUGAGCUCACAGUGGAAAGUCGUAUUGGGACGUGUUCCCAGGGUCAUGUGUUACCGUAUUGUUUCAGACAACCAGGCUGCCACAUGGGAAUCCUGUGCUAUGACUGGAACAAUGCUUGAAGGUGUGACAAUCUAUCUCAUCCAAUCAUUGACUUCACAGAUCUGAGAGUUCCACCUUGCCCUUCCAUGGAUUAGCAUCACAUAUAUUUGUACUGUUUAUAUGUGUGCACUUGGUGGAGGGGUGAUUAGAAGGGUGAGAAUCUUUUAUGGAUGCUCUUGUUUUGUUCAUGCUCAUUAGACUCCUGUGUUGAUGUGAUCACAUGAGUGUUAAGAUUUUGAUGGAAGUUGAUGUCAUCAUUGUUGCAUUGAUGUCAUCAUUGUUGCAUUGAUGUCAUCAUUGUUGCAUUGAUGUCAUCAUUGUUGCAUUGAUGUCAUUGUUAUGUUGAUGUCAUCAUUGUUGCAUUGAUGUCAUCAUUGUUGCAUUGAUGUCAUCAUUGUUACGUUGAUGUCAUCAUUGUUGCAUUGAUGUCAUCAUUGUUGCAUUGAUGUCAUCAUUGUUACGUUGAUGUCAUCAUUGUUGCAUUGAUGUCAUCAUUGUUGCAUUGAUGUCAUCAUUGUUACGUUGAUGUCAUCAUUGUUGCAUUGAUGUCAUUGUUGCGGUGAUGUCAUCAUUGUUACGUUGAUGUCAUAAGAUGAAUGUAAACGUCUUCAUGGAUGCUCUUGUUGUGUUGAGAUGAGUCAAUGAGUGUGAAAAUUUUAGUCCAUGCUCUUCUUGUGUUUCUAUGAUAUUACAUUAAGCUGAUAUGCUGUGAUACAACUGGAAUACUGUACAAAGCAGCUUUUACCCAGCUCAUAAUCUCUUAUCAUUAUUUUCAAUAUGACAGAAAAAGAGGCGGGAAGAAUCUCCAGAAGCUAUUGCUUGAAUAUUGUUUCAGACAAAGUGGUAAAUAAGCAGAAGUCCACAUUUUUAGACCCUGACACUGUUUUAUGUUGACAAAAUAAUGGGAACUGAU